UUAAUGAAUGCAUUCGAAAAUGUAUCAGAAGAUUUGUAUUUACUGAAUAAGGAAAAUUUGAAUUUGCAUUCGGAAUUGGAACGAAUUAUGGCACAACACGAUGAACUUUGGCGCUUUACCGAUCACCUCAACGGACCAUUCAAUUACGUAUUAACAAUUCUAUACGGCAUUUUAUUAUUAGAAACAAGUCUACUGUACUUUGCUCUCAUCUUUUCGAAAAUGAAAUUUGCGUUGAAACUGUUUUAUUCUUCAAUGUGUCUUAGCUUCACUUUCCUUUGUAUCGUAGCCGGAUUUCUGUUUUCUGCUUUUACAUCUACUAUGCAAACGUCCUUUCAAGAUAUCAGAAGAUUUGCUGGCUGCGAUCUCAAAUUGGAACAAAAGUUAAAGAUGGGAAGUUCUUUACACACUAUAUUUUCUGGUCUUUUGAAUAUAAAGAAAGUUUCGUAGAUAAAAUUUAACAAACAUGUUAAAAAGACCAAAGUGAUGACAAGCUCAUACAAAAAGACAUGGAAAACGGGGUACCCCUUGAAUUAUGGUGAGACUAACCUGAGGACCCAGGAUCCAAGAGUUAUAACAGUAUGUCGAAUCUAGAAAAUGUCCGCAAUGCUUCUAAGUAUAUGAAUCAUAAUCAAAUUAUGUGACUUUCCAAUUUUGUAUCUCUUUUAUAUCUCAGAUACUGUUAAUA